UUUUCAGGGAGCUUUAAAAUUUUCUUUGAAAACAAUAUUAUAUAAAAUAAUAUCUGAUUUUUUUCAAAGAUGAUGAUAUCCCAUCCACGAGCGCUGCAGCAGUAAUGUGUCAUGAUGCUACACGACAGUGGAAUAUUGUGAAAAUGGUUAAGUACUUGGGCACACAUGAACAGUGUGUAGCAUUUGCAGAGGUAAACGGUUUGUUGCCAAAAAGCCGACUUUGUCCCAUGCACAAAACCCAAAUGGCAUUGCACAAACGCCACCCAGUAGGGUUCUUUAAGUGUUCCAGGGGCAAUUGUAGGACGAAGUCCCUUAUUUCAAGGGCAGCGGGCACGUGGUUCGAAGGCAUCAGAUUAAGCUUUCCACAAGUGUUUUAUCUGAUGUACUGCUUUACCCACUGCUUUACGCGGGAAAGUAUUCAUAGGGAAGAUUAUGCGAGCGUUGGAAGGAAAUUCUCAUCUGCCACUAUCUCCGACUGGUAUAGCUACUGCAGGGAAGCAGUAGUUAUAUUUCAGUUAGACCACCAAGAAUUCAAAGGGAAGAUUGGUGGUCCAGGUAAGAUAGUGCAGAUUGAUGAAAGUAAAUUCGGGAAACGGAAAUACAACAGAGGUAAUAAUAACAAUUUAUAUGAAGACGCGUUAGAGGGUCAUUGGGUGCUCGGGAUGAUAGAGGAUGGCAGCGAGGACCUCAGACUGGAGGUAUGCCCUGAUAAUGUACGUUCCGCUGAGGUCCUCAUUCCUCUCAUACGUAAACAUGUGCAGGAAGGAACAACAAUAAGGACCGAUUUUUGGCGUGCGUAUGAAUGCCUCCCUGAUUAUGGUUACACCCACGAAAAAGUUAACCAUAGCGACCCUGGCAAUCCGUUUAUCGCCGAGGAUGGCACACACACCCAAAGAAUAGAGUCACAUUGGCGUGUAGUGAAAAGGUUUUUCUAUAAAGACAACUAUAACAAUCCGGCAAACUUUGCUGAUGUUAUAGUAGAGUUUUUAUGGAGGCGAGAAAUAGAAAAAAAAAAUACAGACCCAUUUAAUUCACUACUGGGCAAACGUGAGUAA